AUGAAGUUACAAGCAUUCAUUUUUUGUGGCAAAGGGAAUGAAUUAGUGCCUUUUUCUAAUCCCGCAAGCAUUUUAAAUCCAACUGAUAUUGAAAAUCUGAAUACAGCUAAUCCUAGCACUGCAUCGAAGAAGUCAGAUGGCUCUGCUUUCAUAAGUGGCGAUAAUCCUCGUUUACCAAAGGCAUUACUACCUGUUGCAAACAGACCAAUGAUCGAAUACGUCAUUGAUUGGUGUGAUCAAGCUAAUUUCUAUGAAAUUAAUAUUGUUGCUCAUAUUAACGAAAUUAAUUUGAUUAAAAAUGGUCUUUCACAAUUUCUAUCCUUAAGAAAUGAACAAUUUAAUUUAAUUUCAAAAUCUGUUUCUACAGGCAAUAAUAGUAAUGAGUUAAAUCUUUUACCAAAACAAAUUAAUUUCAUACCAACUAAUUUUACUUCUACUACUGAAAUUGUGGCAAUAGAUUUAUUAGAUAAAAUUAAGUACGAUUUUGUCCUGCUACCUUCUGAUUUCAUCACUGAUAUUCCUCCACAACUCUUUAUCAAUCAAUUUGCAAAUAGAGAUGAUGAUAAUUUGGCAAUGACUGUAUAUUAUAAGCAUUCGAUGGAAUUCACAGUAGAUAAGAAACAAAAUGAUAAAAACCAAUUCUUUACUGUUUACAGUGAUCCGAAGAAUGGCUCUAAGAAUCCCGUUCUCUUAGAUAUUUAUUCAAAACAAGAUGUUUCAAAAACUAAGUAUUUACAAAUAAGAUCACAUCUCUUAUGGAAAUAUCCAAACUCGACUGUCUCAACAAAAUUAAUUAAUUCCUCGAUCUAUUUCUGUUCUUUUGAAUUAACUCAAUUAUUGUCAAAGAAAAUUGAAGACGAAGAAAAUGCAAUUGAAGAAGAUGAUGAUAACGAUGCUGAAGAGGGCAUAGUCGACAAUAAAGAAGAACAAGCAAAGAUCCAUCCUUCUUAUUUCAGUAAACAAUUGAACAGGAAAUUAAUUAAAGAUCAUAUUAACACAAAAAAUUCUACAUUAUCAAAAUUAUUUAGGGAUUUAAGUAGAAGGUCGUGGCAACAUUGUAAAUUACCAAGAGAAACUAUUAGCAUCUUUAUCAUUCCUCAAUCAACCUCCUUUAUUCGUUGUAAUAACUUAAACGCAUUAAUGGACGCAACUAGAUUCAUAUUAAAAAUUAAAUCAAAUUUAAUCUCGGUCAGUAAUUCGUUAAUUGGUAAUGAUUCUAUCGUCGAUCCAUCUUCACAAAUUAUGGAAAGAUCAAGCAUCAAAUUAUCUGCCGUGGGUAAUAACUGUAAAAUCGGAUCUAAAUGUCGUAUCAGUGGUUCGAUCAUUUUAAAUGACGCUGAAAUCGAUGAUGAAUGUAUCCUAGAAAACGUUAUUAUUGGUCCAAAUGCCAAAAUCAAUAAGAAAUCUAAAUUGACAAAUUGUUAUGUUGAAGGUAACUACGUAGUGGAAGCAAAGAGUAUGCUCAAGGGUGAAACUUUGAGUAAGCUUUACCUCAAUGAUGAACUAGAAGAUGAACAUACCUUGGACGAUGUGUCAUACGAUGAUGAAGAUGAGGAUACUGAUGAAGAAAGUGAUAGCGAGGAUAGUUAUGAAGAUAAUUAUUUUGACGAUAACGAAUACGAGGACGACGGUCUAUUUGAACGUUGA